AUGCCUUCUCAAGUUAACCAAGUUGUUUCUAAACUUCAAAGAAAUAAGGAACAUAACCGUUCCCGACUUGUAAAAAUCGUAAAUGCACGUCUAAUUCGAGAUCAUAAAAUAAUAGACGACGACGUACUUUAUUUAUAUAACGGAAAAAUCAUCGAUCCGCAGACUUACUUUUUUACCUUUGGUAAUGUACCUGAUGUUGUGAUCGAUGCUAAAGGAUUAUUAGUGGCUCCAGGAUUCAUCGAUGUACAGAUCAAUGGGGCUUUUGGUGUGGACUUUUCUCAAUUACAAAAUGAAGAAAAAAUGAGGAUAGGAAUUGACAAGGUUGCAAAAGGAUUGUUAAAGUACGGGUGUACUAGUUUUGUUCCAACAAUUAUUAGUUCAGGGGUAGAAAUUAAUGGGGCUGAAAUUUUAGGUCCGUUUAUUGAGCCAGAUAAAUGUGGCGCUCAUGAAGAAUCUCAUCUUCGUACCGCUUCUGGUGGCUUCUCUGAUUUUGUAAAAGUGUAUGGAUUGGAUGAAGGAAAAGAUCAAAUAGUUAAGAUCGUAACCGUCGCACCGGAAGUAGAAGGAGUUUUGGAUAGUUUGGAAGAUCUGGUUCAUGCUCGUAUUACAGUCAGCUUAGGUAUGCUCUCUCAUAUGAUUGCUACUCCAAUGUGCGUAUAUUCAUCAAAUAUUAAUCUUAAUUAUCUAGGUCAUUCUUCUGCUACUGUGGCUCAGGCGGAAUCAGCUGUCGAAAAAGGAUUCCAUCACCGUGAUCCUGGCAUAAUUGGUCUACUUGGUACAACACGCGUCUCACGACCAUAUUAUGGCAUCAUCUGUGAUGGUAUUCAUGUGCACCCAAAUUCUAUUAAAAUGGCCUACGAUUCUCACCCGGAUGGUGCAGUUCUCGUUACCGAUGCUAUGGCAGCUAUGGGAUUACCACCAGGAGAUUAUACUCUGGGUGAUAUUCCGGUGCGUAAGAUCGGUGAUGAACGAGUUGAAGUUAUUGACAAUGGACGACUUGCUGGGUCAGUAAUUACUAUAGAUGCUUGUGUUAGAAAUUUUAGAGAAUUCACGGGAUGUACAAUUAUUGAAGCUGUUGAAGCAGCAACGUUGCAUCCGGCAGAAUUAUUAGGAAUACAAAAUAUUAAGGGAACUUUGAAUGUUGGAGCAGAUGCAGAUUUGGUAUUCCUUAAUGAUGAUCUUAAGGUUAUGAGGUGUUUUAUUGCCGGGGAAGAAGUUGACAUUUGA